AUGUUGGAAUAAGAGACUUUCAUGGGGCGUUGUGAAAUUCAACAGAUUAGUGAAGUAUUCAAAGGGAGGAAAGCCAAAAUCUUACUUUCUCUCCUAACAAAGCAAACAAAAUUAAAAUACUCUUCCUUCCUGCAGUAAAGGACAUCAAGAAUAUCUUUAGUUGUCUCUCUUUAUUAAAGAAAAAGCACCCCUUUUUUGAAUUCAAAACCCCCCCUCAAACCAAACCAAGAAUAUAUGUAACCUAAUGGAGUACAAUAACCCCACAUGUAUGAUUCUUGAUAAUUGCUUAUUAUUCCAUUGCUUCUCCUAAGUCUUCUCUUGUUUCACUCAAACACCUUAGAGAUAUUAGCCUAGAACCCUAUCACACCAAAAUCAAGAAUCAUGCUUUAUAAAAUGAAAUAUUCCCACAUGUAUUGUUUUAGCUAAUGUUUGUUCUCCCAUUACUUCUCAAAGACAUUCCUUUGGUUUCACUCAAAGAACACAACCUUAGAUUUUAGUCUAAAAACAAGUUUGCCCCGUUAGUCAAACUACUGAACUCAAUCGCUUUCAGCUGUUGACCUCUGUUCUGCUUACCCUAACUUGUCUCAGCCAAAAUUCCAAGAAAAUGUCUCAAUUGGAACCGCAACAACCCGUUCAAGUCUAUCCUAAUAAUCCAAACAAUUUCCCUAAUCAGGCAAACAAUAUCCCAACUCAAUCUUCUUCUUCUUCUUCUUCUUCUUCUCAUUCAAAUGGUUCAUUUGUCAGUGUUUUCGUUGUCUUGGCUAUAGUUUUGGUGAUAUCUCUCAUUGCUUGUGUCGUUGGACGUCUCUGCAGCAAGAAAAGCCAUGGUCCUAAGGUGAAGAAAAGCAAUGGUCACCCACAAAAACAGAAAGAGGGAAAACAGAAGCAUAAUGAAUUUCAUCAAAGAGGUCAAGGGGAUAUAGAAUUUGGAUUUGAUAAGAGAAUUGCAAGUUCUAAAGUGGCUGCAGCACAUGGAGAUCAUUAUAAGGGGUCUAAGCCUUUUAAGAAUAUUGCAGGUAAAGGAGGAGUUAGAUUUGCUGAUGAUCAUAUUGAUUUCAAGCCUGGUCCAUGAAAAUUAAAUACAGUAGAAAAAAUGUUCAUAGAGGAACUCCCUCUAUGCACCAAUUAGUUAGUAGCUUAUAAAAUUUUCUGUUACAUGGAAGGGUAAGGUAAAGGGACCAGUAAGAAUCGAACCACAUGUUGUGUGCCGGUACCUUAAUUAUAGUCUGUUGUGUUUCUUCUUUUUUCUUUUUCGUUAAUUGUAGCUUUUGCUUUGGGUUUUUGUUUAAUAUUUAUGCUCAUGCAACAAGUUUGUGCUUGGGUUUGUCAAAAGUGUAGUAUUUCAGUUUAUCAUCAAUUGGAAGGAUAAUUUCACAUUUACUAA